CGUCUCCUCAAUUUGUCAACAAACAGGUCAAUUUCUUAUUAGAAUUCUCGAUUUUCUCGAUAAUAAGACGAAAAAUCAAUUGAUUCAAAAUGACGUCACGUAAAAAUAAAGGUGACGGUGGCAAAAAAUUUCACAACACAACGAAACCUGCCGACAAACCAAAGGAAAACAUUCCAUCAGAGUCCACCGGCGCAAAGAAGAAAACCAAAUUUGUGCCCGUGACUUCAGGUGAUAUUGAAGCGACACUUCUCAAAGGUCGUCACCGCUGCGAUUGUCAAGCCACAAAACACAAACUCAUCACGAAUUGCAUGAAAUGUGGCCGAAUUGUGUGCGAACAAGAGGGUUCCGGUCCGUGUUUGUAUUGCGGAAAUUUGGUGUGCUCUCGUGAAGAAGAAGAUCUUAUUGGACAACAGACAAAAAGAGGUCAAAAUUUGAAGAAAACCCUCAUGGAGCAAGGUCGACCUGCUGGCUGGGAAGAAGCACUUGCCCAACGAAAUCGCUUGCUGGACUACGACCGGAACAGCGCUCGUCGCACAGAAAUUAUCGACGACGAAUCCGAUUACUUCAAAAAUAACAGUGUCUGGUUAUCGGAAGAGGAACGCGAAAAACUAGCAAAACUCGAACGAGAGCUGGAAGAGAAAAAACACGCAAGUCGUCGCACGAAAACCAUCACCGUGGACUUGUACAAUCGCCAAAUCGUCGAACAAGAGGAAAAUCUCGGCGAACUAGAAUCAAAAAUCUACCAAGAAAUCCUCAGUAUGGAUGCGCGUCCAUCAAACACGUACGAAGAUUUUGCGGAAAUCAUGAAUGCCGAAAUAGAUUUCCCCACAUUUGACAUUGGAGCCGUUGACGAAGCGACGGGAAGGAAAUUUGACGGUGUCUAUAAUCGCGUUCAGGACAAAGAAAUUCUGGAAAUGAGUGAUAUGCGAAAUUGUUUGUCAAUGCAUCAACCUUGGGCUUCACUUUUAAUUGCGGGAAUCAAAAUGCACGAAGGUCGUUCGUGGUAUACGCAUGUCCGAGGACGAUUAUGGAUCGCAUCGACCGCAAAACCAGCGGAAAAAGAAGACAUCGAGAUGAUGGAACGAUUUUACAAGAAAUAUUACGAUGAUGCAGGCUUGGAAUUUCCAAGUCAAUAUCCGUCGGGAGUGUUAUUGGGAUAUGUAACGUUGCAAGAUUGCCUCCCACAAGAGGAAUAUCAAAAAGUUCAUCCGGGAGGCGAGUCAGAUAGUCCCUACGUGUUCAUUUGUACAGAUCCGCAACCACUAACGGUGCUAUUUCCCGUGAAAGGUCAACAUAAAAUCUACAAAUUAGACCAAAGUAUCCAUUUGGCUGCGAUGAAAUCACUGCAAAAGAUCAAAAAUCACUAAAAUCCGUAAUUUUCGGUUAAUAAAUAUUCUUUUUAUUUA